AUGUCCACAACAAGUCACAAACUAACAAUUGCCACUACGACAAGUUACAAACAAGCAAUGGCCACUACAAGUCACAAACUAGCAAUGGCAACUACGACAAGUCCCAAACCAGGAUUGCCCACAACAAGUCACAAACUAGCAAUGGCAACUACGACAAGUCACAAACUAGGAUUGCCCACAACAAGUCACAAACUAGCAAUGGCAACUACGACAAGUCACAAACUAGGAUUGCCCACAACAAGUCACAAACUAGGAAUGCCCACCGCAAGUCACAAACCAGCAAUGACUACUACGACAAGUCACAAACCAGCAAUGCCCACAAGUGACAAACUAACAAUGGUCACUACGACAAGUCACAAACUAGGAAUGCCCGCAACAAGUCACAAACAAGUAGUGACCACUACGGCAAGUCACAAACCAGCAAUGCUCAAGUCACAAAUUAGCAUUGGCCACUACGAAAAGUCACAAAUCAACAACGAUAAGUCACAAACCAGCAAUGCCUACAACAAAUCACAAACUAGCUAUAGCCACUACGACAAGUCACAAGUCAUAGCUUGCGAGGCUUGCUCGAUAACCAGCGUUUUAACUAUCAUAACGAUAUCUAUCUAUCUAUCUAUCUAUCUAUCUAUCUAUCUAUCUAUCUAUCUAUCUAUCUGUUUCAGUAUUGAUUAUCUAUCUAUCUAUCUAUCUAAUUCUGUUAAUAUAUAUCUAUUUAGAAUGUGCGUUGUGGAGUAA